AAACUAUAGGAACCGAAAAAAAAAAAAAAGAAUAAUUCCAGCAUCAUUCCUCAAGUAAUUUAAAAACAAUUAUUAAAAGAAGCAACUUGGUCUUCCAUUUUUUUUGCUACAAAAAAUUUAAAACCCCAAAAGAACUUAAAAUCUUUUACAUAAAGAUCACCAACCAGCCACAUAGAAAACACAACCAUCGGUCUUCUUAUUAUUCUUUCUUCAACACCAAAUAGUCAUGAUGAAAGUGGUGUCACCUCGUACACGGUCGGAUUCAAUCACUGAGAAGGUGUUUCGACGAGUCUAUAGCAAUUUUAACAUCUCAACAGUAGAAGAUGAGUAUAUCCAUCGUCAGAGAUCAAGUGAUUAUGAGAAGGAGAGUCGUCUAAGGAAGAGAGGGUUAGAAGACAAAGAAGAAGUUAUGGAGAUGGAGCAGAUGGGAGCAGAGAGGAUCAAAACUGUUCUUAUUCUCAUGAGUGAUACCGGCGGUGGCCACCGUGCUUCAGCCGAGGCCAUCCGCGACGCUUUCAAGAUCGAAUUCGGAGAUGACUAUCGGAUAAUCAUAAAAGAUGUUUGGAAAGAAUACACUGGAUGGCCAUUGAACGACAUGGAGAGACAGUACAAGUUCAUGGUGAAACAUGUUGGUCUUUGGUCUGUUGCGUUUCAUGGUACUUCUCCCAAAUGGAUCCACAAAAGCUAUCUAAGUGCUCUUGCCGCUUAUUAUGCCAAAGAAAUAGAGGCCGGUUUAAUGGAGUACAAACCGGACAUUAUUAUUAGCGUGCAUCCUCUGAUGCAACACAUACCAUUGUGGGUAAUGAAAUGGCAAGGACUUCACAAGAAAGUUAUUUUCGUUACGGUCAUCACUGAUCUAAACACUUGCCACCGUACAUGGUUCCAUCAUGGAGUCAGCAGAUGUUAUUGUCCGUCCAAAGAGGUUGCAAAGAGAGCAUUAGUAGACGGCCUUGAUGACUCUCAAAUCCGUGUCUUUGGCUUACCUGUCCGCCCAUCUUUCCCUCGCACUAUUCUCAACAAGAAUGAACUAAGGAAGGAACUUGAAAUAGACUUAAAUUUACCUGCGGUUCUAUUAAUGGGAGGGGGUGAAGGAAUGGGUCCGGUUCAAAAAACAGCUCUAGCCCUUGGAGAUUCUUUAUACAACUCUAAAGAAAGUAAUCCAAUAGGACAAUUGAUUGUCAUAUGCGGCCGGAACAAAGUCCUUGCUUCUACAUUAGCAUCUCAUGAAUGGAAGAUUCCGGUCAAGGUUCGAGGGUUUGAAACACAAAUGGAAAAAUGGAUGGGAGCUUGUGAUUGUAUCAUCACUAAGGUAAGUCAUAUCUUUGAAUCCUACCCAUUCAUAUAAAUAGCACUAAGAUUUUAUGACAUAAAACAGGCUGGUCCGGGUACGAUUGCGGAAGCACUGAUUUGCGGCCUCCCAAUUAUCCUCAAUGACUAUAUUCCUGGACAGGAAAAAGGCAACGUGCCGUAUGUUGUGGACAAUGGGGCUGGAGUUUUCACCCGAAGUCCCAAAGAAACUGCGAAAAUCGUGGCGGAUUGGUUUAGCAACAAUAAAGAGGAAUUAAAGAAAAUGUCAGAGAAUGCUCUAAAGUUGUCGCAACCUGAAGCCGUGUUCGACAUUGUGAAGGAUAUCCAUCAUCUAUCCCAACAACAACAACGUAUUCCACUUUUUAAUGAAUUUUCCUAUUGAAGUGUUGUUUGUUUAGACUAUAGGUUUCUCUUAUUUCAUGAUUCUUAUUAAUGUAUAUUCUCUAGUGGUUUGUCAUUCUUUUAUCAGUCUUUUUCAACAUUUAUUUAUGUAUUUUAUUAUAUAAAAUAUGGUUUUCAAUGUUAGUAACUCAUAUGAUUGUAACACGUGUCAACUUCA